GAGGUAGUAGAUGAGUGCUAGGGCGUGAGGAGAAGGCAAGGCGAGGUGGCGGGGACUAUUCUUAGCUUAGCAGGCAGGGACAUGUUGGUCACGGCCGUUGUGGUGACGCCAGACCUAUAGGGACUCAGGGAGGUUAGACACGGGAUGAUACCGAUUAUACAACAGCGUUUCCUUUUCACGACACUGUUCGGUUUGGCUUACAAUUUUCAGUGCUCUAGUUUCACUUGGUCCCUCCUGUGUAGAUCGCGACUUGGAAAAGCGUCUAUUUUGCUGAGAAACUGCUUGAUAUCGAAGACAGAAAAGAGAAGAUCCAGGUCAUUACAAUAUGAUGGUUACUUCUGUGACCAAACUAAGCUUUCCUGACCCAAGGCAAAGUAACGCCCCACAGCCCCCAGUGGACAUCAUCAGUACCACUUUGCCUGACCAAGGAAGGCUGUUCAGGAGAGCAAAACAAUCACCAUGUUCUGCACUCGGAGGAAAGCAGAAACUCACAAUCCCAGAUGACCCCUUGACUAACCAGUCGUCACUGUCUGCAAAGAAGAAAGAUCGCUCACCAUUAGAAAAUGUGGAAGAGAAUUGUAUAAGUUUAGCUGAAACUAUGUCUCCCAUCAUUAAAAGGCGAAUUCCUAGACAAAGCAAGCUGUCAGAUUUAAGCAAUAUGUGUAGGGAUUCAAGUUUUGGCUGUCAGAGAUCAGAGAAAGACAAGAAAGCUCCAUUGCAGAUAAUUAAAGGUUCCCAAGAAAAUCAGGUAUUUCCUGUGGAAGAAAGAAUGAAUGACAAUAUGUCCCAAAAAGGAAAAGAAAUGAAGGAAGACUGCAAAAAGCAAGUAAAAAAAGGGAGUGUUAUCUCUGACAAGGAAAAUGUUUUAUCUACAGAUAUGGUUCCUGUAAGGAAAUCCAAAAGGAUCAGGGUGCCCCCAAGAAGCAAGGAUGUGCUGGACAUACUCAGGCCAGUCAUCAGAAAACCACAGAACAAGAAACAAAAUGAAACUAAAAAUGUGCCAGAGACAGAUAAAGUUGACAAGGAAGAGGCAUCUCCAAAAGUUACCAAUAAACAACUUGACCCUCAUCCAAAACCAAAGAGAGUUACUAAUGUCAAAAGCCCAAAGACCCGCUCCUCAUCUGCACAGCAAAACAAUGUCACAGCAAAGUCAGGUGGUAAAAAGGAAAGUGAGAGCUCUCAUGACAGAACCUGUGUUGCUGCUAAUGCAAAAUCCUCUUGUAAUGAAAAAGAAAGUGCCACUCCAGAGGAAGAUGUCACUGUGCCCCUUAGAAGGACAAAAAGAAAGUCAGGCCAGCAAGAGAAAGAUAAUAUUGCAAAGAAAACUAAAACUGGAAAUAAUUAUGAAACUCCUAAGCUUCCAGGCACAUCUACAAGAACUAUUAGGUCUGUGUCAUCAGCAAAGAUUGAUGGAACCAAGGGAUUAUCACAUAAACUUUUGAGAAGAUCACAUAACACAUCACAGAAUAAGAAAACACCCACCAUUUCAGGCUCUCAAGGAGUCACUCAAGCUAAAUCCAAACUUCCUGUUUGGGCUUCAGUCAAGAGUAUAAAAAUAACUCCUGGGAAAAGAAAGUCCUUUAGAAUUAACAGUGAUACCUAUGACUUUCCCAGCAGUCCACAUGAAGAGAUAGCAGAAGUUAAGAGGAAGAAGCUUAAGAAAUCAAAGAAACCCAUGAAGAAAAGGGUGAAACCCCGUACUAAAUUCACACUUCUCAUAACAGAUCCUUCUUGGCAGACUACUGCUUCUAAGAGAAUGCCUUUGGUUGGCGAAUCUUCGGUCUCUACCACUAAUAGGAAUACUGCUCCUCCAAGGUACCUUGAUGAUAAUUCUGAAAUGGAUGCUGCUGAUGAAGCAUCUAUCCCUAGUAUUAUGUCAAGUAUUAGAGAUGAAGAACCUGCAGACUUUAACUUUUCUGGAUUUGAGUGUGAGGUUUCUAAUGAUCUCUUCCUUGGAUUUGAAGGUGAGACCAGAAGUUCUUUUGUCAUUCCUAGAAAUGAAAGUGAGGUAAUUCCUAUGACUUCAGCCAGUGUAUUACCUACUCCAGCCAUAUCAAAACAUAUCUCCAAGUAUAUAGGAGUAUCCUCUACUCCAAGAAUGGAAAAUGUAGCUGGAGCUGCUGGUAACAAAAAAAGGACAGCUAAUGAUAGUAUUUCUGAAUGCUUUGGUUUUAAUGAUGAUUCAGAGGAGGAGAGUGAGCUCAACAUAUCCCCUGUUCAACAAUCCAGACAGCGUUCUGCACUGGAGGUCACAGGCACCUCAGACAUGAUGGAUGGAGACCUGCAUCCAGCCACUCUUCCAUCCAGGUUCUCUUGGAGCUCACUUCGACCUGGUAACAGAAGCAGAGUAUCCACCUCCCGGUCCUCAAGUAUGGUGGUACAGGGACGCUCGGUGACUUUCAUGACAGACGUCUCACAAAAUUCUCAGACAAAGAUAACAUCCUUUGCUGUACCAACUGUGAAUAAACAGCAUCCCAUGCAGAGAAGGGAGAAACUAGAUUGUCGGAAAAAAACAACCUGUCAAGAUAAAUUACAAGACACUCUGAGCACAGAAGCAGAUCCAAGUGACAAAAUAGAAGCAGCUGAAAUGUCUGUGUUGUUUGAUGAUGAAGACUUAAAGGAAAAACACUCAGAAGAUGAGGAACCAAUUGAAACAUCUCAUGUAAACAAAGCAUCACAGGUUCCUGCAAAGGCUUCUGAUAAAUCUCCAGAAAAGAGUUUUGUAAAGGCACCAAGAAGAUCUUACGACCGAACUUCAUUGCUUGAAGCGAGGCAAAAGUUUAUUGAGAUGCAUGGAGGAUAUGUUGAAGAUGGUACCACCACUGAGGAGGAGGAAGAAGCAGCACAGGUCAAGCUCCGAUCCAAGGCUCGUAAGAAGCCCUCUAAGCCCACAAAGGUCACCAAGCCCACAAAGGGAAAUAAGAGAAAGGAGAAGAAAUCAGCAAAGGCAGCUGAAGGAAGCUCAAAGAAGACUGCUGCUUCAACUUCUAUAUCAAAGAAAAAGAAGAAACAGGAUGAAUAUGAUGCAACAUUGGAAAAUUGGGCUUCACGCAUCAACAGUCACUUCAGUGAGGUGGAUGAGAGUUUGCUGGUGGUGGAGUGAGGCAGCAGAGACCAUUACUACCACAGGUACAGGCAAGACGUAACAAUAUCUUGAUCUCAUUUUAACCUUGAACCUUUUGAAAAUCUAACAUGUCCAGCAGUUGCUACAAGCUUGUUUAUUUGCUUCUUAUAGCUAUUGCAUUAUAGCAAUUGUUGAAUGCAAAGCUAGAUACUAAAGAUUGGUUUGUUUUGUAAGAAGAAAGAUUUUAAUGGCCGUUGUCUUUAGUAAUUCAAAUACUUAAGAAGAAAACAUUACCUGGAGUGGUAUUUAAUUUUAUUAAGUUGAAAAUCUGUAGCUCUGGAAGAGUGAAAAUUAUCCUUUGUGUCUACAUCCUCAACUUGAAGAAGAGAUCUACUGUAGUACUUAAUAUUAUCUUGAGCUUAGAAGAGGAAGGUAAAUUACUUCAUAUUAAGAUUGUCAGACCAUAACUUCCAUUCUCCAUUAUGUAGUGAUAGAUUGGGUAUCAUUAUGAACAAAUCUUAAUUAGUCUUUCUCAGACAUUCUUGUGCUGGAAGUGUCAAUGAAGUCUGUGUAGCUGCACACUACUUCUCAUUAUCUUUAUACUCUCCUGGGUUGCCUUUAGCCUGUCUUUCUAGCAUUAUCUUUAGGGAAUGCCCUCCUGUACUGUUCUAUAACUUUCCAUUUAACUUCCAUUUGCAUUUUCACUGAUUCAUACAUUUCUUUUCACACUUUUUUCACCAUUGAUCCUCACAGUAGGUUCAGAUCACUUGAAAGAUUGUUUCAUCCAUUCAGCCAUCCUCUACUUAAUUCCAUUCAUACAUUUCCACUCCCUGUCUUUUGUGUACUCAUUCAUUAGUCUCAUCUGAUCUUGUCACUCCACAUGCUCCUCUCCUCUCCAUGAUAGAACUGGUUUUCACAGCAUGCACUCUCCCUUGACUUUAAGAUCUUGGAGCUGUUACAGAUCAAUCUCUCUUCUAAUGUCUGGACACAUUCAGCCUUUCAUAACUCAUGCAAGUGAUUCCAAGAAAUCCCUAUACUUCUAUCAAUUAUUCUUAUUUUGUAUUUAAUACAUUAAAAUUUAGAAUAUUGAAUUGAGGAUACAUAUUGUAAGGAAGCUAGUACAAUACAAUAAGGAACAAAAUAAUUUAUAGUUUUUAGUUUGAUUAUAUGUAAAUAUUGCAUGAAAUUUAUAUUUGAUUUAAGUAGCUUAUUCUAAGUGCAAGUUCUACUGGUUGAAUUAUGGGAUCACCAGACCUGAUGACUUAGGUUACAGCUUUGAAAUAUUUCCUGGGAAAUAUAAAGGAGUUAUAGCAAAAGCACACAACUUGACUUGCUAUAGUUCCUAGUGAUUAGAAAUACCCAUAUUUAAUUGUUUUUAUGUUAGCUACUUCUUUUGUACUUGGACACUAUUGUAGCACCUUUGUGAAAUGUUGCCACAGUAUUUCAAGUGUCUUUAACAAUUGCCUCAGAAUAUAUAUACAUGUGUUUAUUCAUUGUAAUAGUAACAUUCACUACUAAUGUUUUGCUUGUAGGCUGUAAAACACACAGCUGGGGUUCUGUACCAGGGAUUAUUUCAUCAAUGAGUUAGCUGAUGAUCAGUAUAUCAGGAACUUUGAUGCCUUCAUAUUUUCUUUCUCUUUUUAUUUUUACUGGUCUAGAAGUGUAUUGAAUUCAUAAUAAUGCAGUAUUUAAGGAACAUUAAGAAAUUUAAUUCUUUCUUGCAAACUUACACUUAAUUUACACCUUUUUAAUAUGUCAGAAUCUUUUUCAUAUUAGUACAUGGUUUACAUAAGAGGCCACUCUUGCCAAAUACACUCUUGAAUAGGUAAACACUGGAGAACAAAGGAAAGGGAAACAUCCUUUGAUACACAUGGUUAGAAACUGCACUGGAAAAGUGGAAAUACACAACCUGUGCAUAGCAUAUUGUAUAUAUUCAGACAAUUAUGAAGGUGUGUAUUUUUAUAAGCUUCAGUCUUAAUUCUAGUUUACACUGUUCCAUGUUUGAUAAUUAUCAACAGCAUGUGAGAAUAAGUACCUGGAUAUUAUGUAUUGAUAAAUUUUUUAGUUUCCAAUA